AACAAGACUACUUCUUUUACUUUGCUAUACUGCUGCUACUGCUGCUACUGCUGCUUCUGGUGCUCCAUAAUAUAUCCAAGACUUAAUAAUCCAAUAUGAAUACGCGCCCGCAAUUAACCACGGCGGGUGCUUCAUCAAAUCAAACAAUUCAUUCAACAAAUAGUUCAAAUUCAAUAAAUACAAGUCCAAAUAACUUCUUGACACCAAAGAAUUCGAAAAGAUCAAGUGUAAUAUCGAAUUCAUCGACUUCAAAUAAAGAAAAUCCAUCAAGAUCAUCGUUUAUAGCAAAUUCCAAUUCCAAAAUUGAUUAUUUUGCAAAUAACCAUUUUUCAAGAUCAUUCAAUAGUUUGAUUUUGGAUGAUAUUAAAGAUGAGUUAAACUUAUCGACCGCUAAUAAGAAAACCAUCAAUAAAAGCCCCCCAUUCAAUGUUAAACAAGAUUUGUAUAUGGGAAUCGAUAGUAUAGAUCAACAAUUAACUGAUGAAGAUUUUAGUGAUACUAAUAAUAGUGAUGAAAAUGAUUUUUCAACACUAACCAUUAUAAAUUCCAAUAAACUAAGAUCAAAUGAUGAUUUAAAGAAAAGUUCAAUAAAAAGAUCUUCCAAAUACCUUAAUUUAUCAAUUGAAGAUAAAUCAAAUAAAAUUCCGGAAGAUAUUGAUAAUAUAAGUGAUUUAAAUGAAAUUGACUCUUGUGCCAUAAAUAAGGAAAUGAAUACUCCUCCUUUCAAAAAUAAAAAUUUUAAAAGACCUCAUCAAUUGAUAUCCCAGUCUCCUUCUCCAUCAUCUUCUAAAAUUAAUCCAAAAAUUAACUUAACAAAACAUUCUCCAAUAAGAAUUGAAAAUGAUUUCAAAUCUCAAACCAAUUUAUACUCUCCUUCAAAAUUAGGUUUAAAAGUUUCAACAAAUAAUGAUUUUACCACGGCAUCUUCUCCAAAUUCUUCAAAUUUUAAUUUUGAAAUUUAUAAUCUUGAUAAAUUAGAUAUGGAUUUAGAUAAUGAUAGUCCUUCUAAAAAUAGGAAACUGUCAAAUAGUUCCUUAAAUAAAGAUCAAUUGGUUAUAUAUCAAGAUAAUGAUGAAGAUGUUGGUUUUCCUAAAAAAACAACCGUUAAAUCACCAAAUUUAAAUGAUAAUAAAGAAAAUGAAUAUAAAAAUUCUUAUAAAUUUGUUAAACCACUACAAACUGCAUUCAAAUCAACUGGAUUAUUGAAGAAAAACUCAAUUUCAAAUAAUCUAGAUAAUAAAUUGAAAAAAUUCCCCCCAGAAACUCCAAUUAAAAAAAAUCCUUUAUUGAAUUCAGUAAAUAAUUCAAAUUCAUUAACUACAAAUUAUCCAAUUAGAAACUCAAGUUUAAGUAACCUAAUAAGCUCUGCUCAUGACGAAGGAGAAGAUCUGGAAAUUUCAAUUGAAGUCGGUAGAAAUAUAUCAAAUCAAUCAAUUAAUGAUUCAAAUUUAAGUUAUUUCAAGAUUCCUCCUCCUUCUACGAUUAAAAAGAAUGUUGAUUUUUUCGAAAAAGACUUAGACAUUGAUUUAAGUUCAGAUUAUGAAGAUAUUGAUUUAAUUCCUGAAACUCCAACUAAAUCAGUUAAAAAAUCCCAUUCAAUGCCAGCUAAUUUCUCCCCAGUUACUUUCAAAAAACAUCAAAAACAGUUAAAACUAGAUCAAUUGAAAAAAUCAAAUUAUCCAAAUUUGAAUAUAUCAAUUAAUAAAUUGAAUAACCUUGAAAAAAUUAACGAACCUUCCACCCCAACAAACCUAAUUCAUUCAAACAUCCCCAAUAAUAACUCCCACAAAAUUGAUGACCAUCUAAUCAAUAAAUUUGGUUUGAAAAAUUUGAAAUACUUGGGUACUGGAGAAUUUUCAAUUGCUUAUGAGUGUUUAUUUCAAGAUCAAAAAUUUGCCAUUAAAAGAUCUAAAAAACAAAUCAUUGGUAAAUUAGAACGUAAAACAAUUAAUCGGGAAAUUGAGGCUUUAAGAAUGUUAACCUCGGUUAAAGAUAAUGAAGAUAUUAAUUUAAAAGAACAAGAUGAAGGAAAAGAGUACCUUGUUUAUUUCAUUGAAGCUUGGGAUUUUAAUAAUUUUUUUUAUAUAAUGACCGAGUUUUGUGAAGGAGGUACAUUAUUUGAUUUUUUAGAAGAAAAUAAAAAUUAUAAAAUUGAUGAAUUUAGAAUAUGGAAAAUCUUGAUUGAAGUCUUGAAUGGAUUAAAGUUUAUUCAUCUGAAGAAUUAUUUACAUUUGGAUUUAAAACCAGCUAAUAUUUUUAUCACUUUUGAAGGUUCUCUUAAAAUUGGUGAUUUCGGUUUAGCCACAAAAUUACCAAUUUUGGAAAAAGAUUUUGAUUUAGAAGGUGAUAGAAAUUACAUUGCUCCUGAAUUGAUCAAUGAUAAGAUAUAUACUCCAUUUGCUGAUAUUUUCAGUGUUGGUUUAAUAAUUUUAGAAAUUGCAACUAAUAUUAUUUUACCAGAAAAUGGAACUCCUUGGAGAAAAUUACGUAGCGGUGAUUUAAGUGAUGCUGGUAAACUAUCAAGUGAUAACAUUCUGGAUUUUUUAAACCAUCAAAAUUUUUCUUCUUUAACUUCUUAUAAUUCGAUUGGGUUAUCACUGACUUCUUCAUUAAAUCGUGAAUCUUCGAAUGUUCAACAUCCAAAUCCUUCUUUAGCCAGUAUUGAAGAUUUAAUUCCUCAUGGUGCUCCUGAUUUCUUAAUUUACAAUUCUAAUAAUUUAGAUAAACUAGUUACUAAAAUGUUGAAACCAAAUCCUUUCGAUAGACCCACUGCUAAAAUGAUUUUAACAAUGAAUGAAUGUCAAGUCAUUGAAAAUAGACGUAAGGCUGGUGCUACUAUCUUCGAGGGUGAAUUCGGUCCAAGCAAUGAGGACGACUAGUUCGGGAAAUGACUUUAUGUGUAUAUAAUGUACUUAUAGACUUUUUUAUUUUUUUUAAUAUAGAUCUGGUAUCUUUUUUCUCGUUCGACUGCUCUUUUUUGCAGUCUACCAAACACCGUACUAAAC